AUGACGACAAGCAUUCCCUUGUCCAAUAACUUGAAUAAAUCCAAUUACCGCGAAUCGAUAGUGUCGAACUUCAAGAAGAGAUCCACGUUGUACGCCCUCGUUGCCCUGUCGCUCCUCAAUGUAUUCCUCCUCACGAACACCCUUUACAGGGCCCGAAGUUCAGGAUCAAAGGAUUCAACCAGAACUGCACAGAUAAAUCCUUUCCAUCUGCCGGGAAAUGUGAAUGCGAGUGAAACCGAAUUCAUCAAACCUGAGGAUAUUAUCAUUAGCGGCUUUGUAUUCUAUGGCCGUCGGGAUCGUGUCGAGGCAAUGCGCUGCUAUGUGGAGCGCAAUUUGGCCGACAAUAAUGGAUGGUUGGAUGAAGUAUUAUGGGUUGUCAAUACCGAAAAUGAAGAUGAUCUGAGGUAUCUCGAUGAAAUCCUGGCCAGCUCUCCACGACACAGAAAGCUGGAUCUUGGGAGAAUGGUUCGAGGCCCAGAGUUCAGACAAAUCUGGAAGCAUCUCGAGAGGGGCAAGAUAUACGUUAAAAUAGAUGAUGAUGUGGUUUGGUUAGCCGACGAUACCAUUCCUCGAAUCGUUGACUGGAAAUUAAAGCACCCCAACGAUUUCGCAGUCUCAGCAAACAUCAUCAACAAUCCCCCAUUGGGCUUCAUCCACUACCAUGUUGGCGCCCUCCAUCCGUAUUUCCCUGAAUUGGCCAAUGGCAAACCAUCCACAAAUGUCAGCGAUAAUAAAUCAUGGAGACCUUCUGAUCACCCGCACUGGGAAGGGCCUGAUAAGUUUGAAUGGGCCCUGGAUGCCGCCCCGCCAGCUAAAGGCCAUCGAUGGUUGCGUGUGAAAGACGACAAAGCUAUUGUUCGAACCCCGGCGACGCACCUCAAAUACGAAGUAUGGGGCGAUACCUACACAAGCUGGGCCAUCGCCGCCCAGCAGCAUUAUUCAUUUUUAGAAAACUUGGAGAACAAUCAGCUUGGCCUUUACAAAUUUAAUCUCCCGUGGAACAUGGAUAACGAACGCAUAAGAAUCAAUGUCCUUGCCAUUUGGGCCGACGAUAUACUCGAUAACGAUAUUAAUACCUGGCCAAAAGAGAGAAGUGAUGAAGAAAUGGUUGUUAUGGAGCUUCCCAAGCUUUAUAGUCGACCUGUCACUAUCGUGGGAGAAGCCCUAGCUGUCCAUUUUAACUUUCAGCAUCAACCUGGAGUGGCGGAAACGGAUCUUUUGGACCGAUACCGUAUACUCGCUAGGGAACGCGCAUGUCCUCCGGCGUCGAAACCAGUUUCCUAG